ACUGAUUCAUAAACCCUAAACCCUACUGUUGCUUGAACUGGAAGUACAACUUACCGUCGAAUCAACCGACGAUGAGAUUACUACUUCCAAAUCUCCUUCUACUUCUUCCGGCUACCUUCUCCGUCGAAGGCCAUUAUCCACCGCCGCAUCUCUGCUUACAAAGUUACAAGUACUAUCUCAACAGCAGAGUCUAACCCCUCUAAUCUUCCAUGCCGAUUACUCUCAAUUGUCUCCGAACCAAAUUGGCAGAACAAUCCAUCUCUAAAAUCUCUUACCCCUUCUAUACACCUUCUCAUGUCUCUUCUCUGUUUUCACUCAAUCUUGAUCCUCAGACAGCUCUCAGUUUCUCGGAUUGGAUCUCUCGGAUACCAAACUUCAAGCACAACGUUACUUCAUACGCGUCUUUGGUUACUCUUCUCUGCAGCCAGGAAAUACCUUAUGAGGUGCCUAAGAUCACGAUCUUAAUGAUAAAGAGCUGCAAUUCAGUGCGAGACGCUUUGUUUGUUGUUGAUUUCUGUAGGACAAUGCGUAAAGGUGAUAGCUUCGAGAUUAAAUAUAAACUUACUCCUAAAUGCUACAAUAAUCUGUUGAGUUCAUUAGCUAGAUUUGGAUUAGUCGAAGAAAUGAAGAGACUUUAUACUGAAAUGUUGGAGGAUUUGGUUUCUCCAGACAUAUACACGUUUAACACAUUGGUUAAUGGGUAUUGUAAGCUUGGAUAUGUAGUAGAAGCAAAGCAGUAUGUGACUUGGCUUAUUCAAGCUGGAUGUGAUCCUGAUUAUUUCACAUAUACUUCUUUUAUUACCGGACAUUGUCGAAGAAAAGAAGUCGAUGCGGCUUUUAAGGUUUUUAAGGAGAUGACUCAGAACGGUUGCCAUAGAAAUGAGGUUUCUUACACUCAGCUUAUAUAUGGUCUAUUUGAAGCAAAGAAGAUCGAUGAAGCUUUGAGCUUAUUGGUGAAAAUGAAAGAUGACAAUUGUUGUCCUAAUGUUCGAACAUACACAGUGCUUAUAGAUGCUUUGUGUGGAUCAGGACAGAAGUCAGAAGCUAUGAAUUUGUUUAAGCAGAUGUCAGAGAGUGGCAUUAAGCCUGAUGAUUGUAUGUAUACUGUGCUUAUUCAGAGUUUUUGUAGUGGAGAUACACUUGAUGAAGCAAGUGGAUUGCUAGAACAUAUGUUGGAGAAUGGGUUGAUGCCAAAUGUUAUUACAUACAAUGCAUUGAUCAAAGGUUUUUGUAAGAAGAAUGUGCACAAAGCAAUGGGACUGCUUAGUAAGAUGCUAGAGCAGAAUUUGGUUCCAGACUUGAUAACUUAUAAUACAUUGAUCGCUGGACAGUGUAGCUCUGGUAAUUUAGAUAGUGCAUAUAGAUUGCUUAGUUUGAUGGAAGAAAGUGGAUUGGUUCCAAACCAGCGUACAGUAUGAGGAAUAUCGUUAAGUGAGAAGAUUUGUAAUGGUCUUCUUAGAUGUUACUACAAGCUGCAAAAGUAUGAGGAAGCUGCAAAAGUUGUGGAAGAUAUGAUAUGUAAUGGUCAUUCACCACAACUAGAGUUUUGCAAAAUGUUGAUUUGCAAGCUGUGUGAAGAAGGAGAAAAAGAGAGAGUCAACUCGGUUUUCGAAAAACUGCUUCGAUGUGGAUAUUGCGAUGAUGAAAUCGCUUGGAAAAUCCUCAUUGAUGGUGUGCUUAAACAGGGCUUUGUAG